AUGUAUUUUUCUAUUCGUGAACCAGGCAAUGGUGGAUGGUCUGAUUGGUCAGCCUGGGAUGACUGUCCAGUUAUCUGCGGGGGAGGUGUAUCAGUUUCAAGGUCACGGUCGUGUAACAACCCUUCCUUUGAGUCUCCCGGGGCCUACUGCUCUGGGGAUGCGACAGAGACUCAAUACUGUAACACACAAGCUUGUGACGAUGAUGCCCAAUUGGUAAAUCACCGUGGACCAUGGACCUUGGUGUACAAGGCACCAGCGGGUACGACAGUAUCAGGAUACAAUGAUUACUACUCGCACUUCGCAGACAGCUCCACUUCUAGCACUUUGAACGACGGAUCCGUGACAGUCAUGCGAGACUUCGGUUCUGGCGGAAGUGCAUUCAAAUCUUCAAAGCUGCUACAGUGGGAAUCUGGCAUCACCAUAUCUGCCGUGAGACUUUCAGUCUUCAAAAACGGAGAAGAAGCAGCCUAUGUUAUAUUUGAUGCACGUGGGAAAGGGAAGUUGGAAUGGUUCGACUGUAAUAAUAUUGUUGGCUCCAGCUACACAGAUAUAGCGACCUACACAGAACAGUACUGCGGAUUCACACCAUACACGGCAAACGUCAAGAGGAACUUUUACAUCAACGCUUACACAACCUCAUGUACUGGCACAUACGGAUGGAUUAUGUUAAAGGAUUAUAAUUCCGUAACUGAUUGUUCUGUGUGGGACGUUGGUACAACCAGUAGUCCAUAUAUAAAGUAUUCUACUAGUACCACACUGCAAAAUUUUCAGACUGGUUCAAUUGGCUCCGGUGACAGCUUGGCUAUAUUCAUAAUGGAAUGGCACAUGGUUUUCAAGGGAAUCCAAGGUGUGACCCCUGCGGCAGGGUCACUGGUAACACUGUGGACGGGGUCUGCUGUUGAGAACGACAACGAUGACACGAAAACCACCAUUACAAACUCACCUAGUGAUACUGUGAAAUCAAGUCUGGUGGAGGACUGGCAGGGAUACUUUACUAUGAUUGAUAUGGUGAAGUACGCGUAUUUCACAAGCGGCGAAGAAAAAGCAUAUGUCGUGUUUGAUGGACGAGGUACAACAAAGUCAACAUGGUUUGCUGACGGAAAAAAAAUAUAUUCUAGUUACACUGACAUCACAACAGAUACACCAACCACAAGUGGUAUAACAGGAGACACAUACAGGAAGUUUGCUCUGAUACGAACUAGUAGUUCAUGUUCCGGUUUAUCGGCCUGGAUGAUGGUUCUGGAUGUUGGAGGAAGUGUAGCCUGCUCGUUUGAUAAUAAUGUACAAACACGCCCCUACUUCCUGUAUAGUGGCGGUACAACAGACAGUGUUGCAGAGUCAGGUGGUAAUUGGGACUCGGCUGGAUUUCCAUCUGCACACACUAUGGGCAUUUUUGUAAAAGGGUUUUACCCAGUGAUGAAGUGGGCCAGAGGUCAAACAAUAUCCCCAGCUUCCAGUGUCUACAACCUUUGGACUGGGACGUAUACAUUGAAUGAAUUUACAACUUCUGCUCAUUCGUUUGCUGCCUCUACUGCUACAUAUAAAUCCAGUAUUGUAGACAGUUGGACAAGUUAUUACAUCAAGGCGGUGCGCGUUUCUAUGUACACGAGCGGGGUGGAACAGGCCUAUAUUGUAUUUGAUGCCCAUGGAUCAGACAAAUCCUCUUGGUUUGACUGUGACAGAAUUUUAUACACAAACUAUGUGGACUUGAACAGGAGAACCUCGCCCCCUCAUUACUGUAGCAUUGCAGGAGACUCUUCACAAAAUAGAAGAUUCUUCAUUGAGUACACCUACAGCAGCUGUGAUACGGCUGGGGGCUGGAUUGGAGUGUUUGAAGGCUCUUCCUGCAAUUAUGAUAAUAAAGCUACUUCACCCUUCGCCAUGUACAGUGACGCAUCGCCCAACAGAUAUGAAUACAAUAUCAAUAUGGCUGUUGCUGACGUGUUUGUAAUAUCCAUUGCAAUGGACGACUUUUGUGACUUCAGUCCAUGCCAAAAUGGCGGCACUUGUUACCACAGGGGUGUUAAAUAUGAAUGUGUCUGUGAUGGCGAUUACUACGGAUUGGACUGUGCAGAUCUUGACGGAAACUUCACGGCCUGGACGGACUGGGGUACUUGUAGUACGACGUGCUACGCAUGGGGAACACAUAGUAGGACGAGAACAUGUACCAAUCCGACACCAGCCGGCCCUAACGGUCAAAGCUGUACGGGAGAUACGUCAGAAACACAGGGAUGCAUUCCAGAUCUUGACGUGUGCUCAGCUUGGCGGCUUGUAUUCAAGGCUCCCUCUGGCACAGCUCCACCUUCAUCAUAUGCUGAUGUAGCCUCGUUUUACCUGUCGUCCGAUACAGUAAAUGAUGGUACAGAGAGUGUGAUGACAGAUUUCUCAUCCGGAGGCCAAAUGUACAAAUCUGCCCUGUUGAAUGAAUGGGGAGUCAACAAAACAUUCUCAGCUGUACGAUACUCGAUUUACAAGAACGGAGAGGAGGUUGCAUACAUCGUAUUUGAUGGUCGCGGUACAUCUAAAGGCACCUGGAUGGACUGCAGCAACAUCCUGUAUUCAAGUUACACAGAUAUAACGACGGUGUCAAAGAACUAUUGUCUUAUUAAGUGA